UGCCUCUUCAUCUCCAUUCAAUUUCAACAACAAUGGGUUGUUGCAUAAGCAAAUUUCGACCCAAGAAAUCAAAAAUUUCCAUAGAAGAAUUAAACCAUGUUCAAGACAAGCUUGUCAUCUCACAAGCUCCCAAAAUUCCAACUCCAAUUCAUCUCUCAAACAAAAUUUCCCCAUCUCCUUCUUCACUUCCCAGUUGUACUUCGUCUGUUUCUUCCUUUACUUGCAGUACAGGCAACACUGCUGAAUCAUGCUCAUCAAUCUCAACUGCAUCUUCCGUCUUGAGCUCCAAAGAUAGAUCUUUCUCCAAUGAGUUUCUUUGGUCUUGUGUCAAGGAGAAUCCGCAUAUAGUUCGCAUUAAUUCCAUCAAGGAAGCUGCUCUCUCUUUAGCAACCUCCAAAGUUCAUGCUCAAAAGUUUGAUUCACCUGCUAAAUCAUUUCUGGCACCAACGCCGAUCAAACACUCAAUCCCACAAAGGAUAAAUGGUUCUACACCACAAAAGAGAGUCCGGUCAAGCUCACCAACUACUUUAACGCGACAAAAGAGCUUUCGUAUGGAACCAGAGAGGCAAAAUUCUUCGUAUUCUUUGCCGAGUAGAACCUUGAGAUCACCAUCUCCUAGUAGGAGAUUUACUAGUGGUGAAAGUAACAGGGGAUUUUUGACAAAUACAACUACAGAAAGUUGUUCAAAGCGAGUGGUUGGAGCAAAGGUAAAUGCAAUAAAUUCCGUUUCUUCUUCUCUAAGAAAAGAAAAUUUCAGGCCUGCAAGUCCAAGCAACAAUAAUUCAAUGGGAUUGCGGCUUUGUUCGAGGAAUAGAGAUACUUGCACUUAUAGAAUUGGUUCUAAAAUUGAUGAAGUUGCAGCGGGAGAAGCAGUAGCUCAGCAUGAGAGUGAGUGCAUUCCCAUGGAGGACAUUGAUAAUCCUCUAAUCUCAUUGGAUUGUUUUAUUUUUCUGUAGAAAGAUCGUGUGUGUGUGUGUGCAUGCAUAUCUAAUUUUACUCGUAUUGUUCAUAGCAUUUCUUGGUUUUUUAACCUCUAUGAUUGUUUGCCUAAACUAUUCAUGCAUAGUUUUCAAAAGCAUAGAUAAACAUGGAUCAAAUUCUGAUUGAUUUGUAGCUGAUAUUGGUUGUAAUUUUUUCCUCAUCUUUUUUGUACUAAUUGAGGGCAUGCUAUAAUAUUUGUUGGUUUGAGAUAUCUU